AUACUUUAGGUUCCUAAUCAUCGUUAUAAAUUACUCAGCUGGAUUCGGUGCUGAUACUGAGAGACGCAACAUCAUUUGUGUACCACAUCAUUCAUUCCUAAAGGCCGAACAAGAUGAAGCUCAUCACCAAAACCCUGAGUGGAGAGGAACAGACUGUGGAUGUGACCCCGAGCACCACUGUUCGUGAACUCAAGCGCAUCAUCGCCCCGCUCUAUAACACGAGCUCCUCACACUUGAAGCUUUCGUCUGGCGUUGGGCACAACGAGCACAUGGUCGAUGAUCAGAAGACCGUGAGUGAUUAUGGUUUGAGCUCAGGAGCCACCGUGAUGCUGCUGAUCUCCAAGAGCCCCGUUCCUUUCCAAAUCUUUGUGAAGAACGAGAAGGGCCAGACCAAGACUUACAUGGUCACCGGUGAGGAGACCGUGGCUCAGAUGAUGAGGAACAUCUCCCAAAAUGAGGGAGUACCAGUGGACCAGCAGAGGCUGAUCUGCGAGGGCCGACAGCUCGAGUCCAACAUGAGGCUGCAAGAUUACAACAUAGAAGCUGAAAGCACCAUUCAUAUGACCCUCCGUCUGCGUGGAGGCUGAAGGGACGAACCCACGUGGAGAUCGUUUAAUCUUACACUAGCAGUUUUAUUAAACAGAAUUAGAAGAUCAGCGUGCAAGCUUCAAUUUCCCAUGUUGAUUUAAUCUGCUGCCAUUUUAGAAAAAAUUGUGGAGUCAUUUAUUCUUCUGAUGCACUUUUACUUUCACCUUUUCAGUUUUGAAAUGGUUCUAUGAAGAUUUCUGAUGUUGUAGCUGCUGCCUGGACCAACACGCCUGAUCUGAUUAAGCUGAUGAUUUGUGUUGUAUUAAAUCUGCAUGUAAAAUAAAUGCAGCUGGUUUACAGUUUAGGAAAAUUAAAUGUAUAGUAAGACUAGAAAUAUUGUUUACAUUCAGAUCACAUGCUUUAUUUUAUGUUGUUUUGUUUCUUAUUUUAUGUAUGCACUAAAUGCACAAUAUCUUUGUACUGUCUGGUGUUUUAAUGUGAAAUGUUUAGUUGUGUCUUAUUAUAAAUUUGAAGUUGGCUGAUCCAUUCUCAACCAUAACAGUGUUGUUUUAUUGACAUUAUAACUAAUUUUAUUGUCCCUCUUCAUUCCUAAUAAACUAUUUAAUUAAAUCCUCAAAUUUUUUUUUUUUUUUUUCAAGAGAUAGUACAAGUGAGGUGAACUGAAUCAUGGGUAAUCUGUAACUACCUGUCCUGCCACGAAUGGAACCAAAGUGUAAAA